AAAAGAAACUGUAUGAAAUGGGAACUGUUCCUUCUGUUCAAGCGUUGGCAAGUUUCUAUUUUUAUCAGUAAUGAGGCUUAAGAUUUAAGAGAGGAGAUUAGGGAAUUGAAGCGCGUCUGUUCUCUUCUUGUUGGGGGAAUGGAAACUGGAAACGGAGAGGAGCCAAAGAAGCAAAAGCCUAAAGUUGUAAAACCCACCAUUAAUGAAAGCGAAAAGGAGGAGGAAAAAAGGGAGGCGUCUGGUUGAAGCUGCCAAAAUUAAAAUUAGUAAUAAUUACUCUCUUGGUUUCUUGAGUCUUUGCCUUGAAUUUCUCCACUCUUCUUCUCCAUCUGCAAAUUCCCCCACCCACAUUUCUCAAUCGGGAUUUGCUUUCUUGUUUCUUCUUCCCCAAUAAAAAAGAUCAGCAUUAUAAAAGAGAGAAGGGAGAGAGGAAAGGGAUUCUGUUAAAUGAUUCUCACGUCUUAUUCCUUCAAUCCAACUCUUCUCCAACCCAAAUUCCUUCUUCCCUGUCAGCGUUUUCUCUCUUAGGCCUAAUCUUUCGUUCGUUUCUGUUUUAUGAAAGACGUUUUUGGGGGUUUUCUUUUGUGUUCCCAAGAAAAGAGAACAAAAAAGAGAGGCCCCCCUUUUUUUUUCCGCCUUCCCAUUGCCAGCCAUGACUGAGGUUGUUCUCCAUUCUUCUGCCCAUUUUGCUUCUUCUCGUAGAAGGGUAUCUUCUUCUUCUCCUCCUCCUCCUCCUUCUUCUUCUGCAACUCCUGCUGUAACGUGCGCUACCUCUCCCAAUGAUGGAUCUCUCCCCAUUAUUAACAUGCAUUCCCAAACACCCACUUCGUCUUCUUCCUCUGCUUCUGUGGAUGGCGAUGGGGAUGUUACUGUGGUAGACUGUGAAGGGGAGGAGGUGGGGAAGGACGGGUUUAAGCAAAGAAGAGAUCAGCUCUCAUUGUUGGCUUUGAUUGUAACCCUUUUUAGGAAAUCUUUAAUUGCUUGCAAGAGUGAUAGAAGGGAGCUCUGUGCAAUGGAGAUCAGUUGGCCCACUGAUGUGCGUCAUGUCACGCAUGUAACUUUUGACAGGUUUAAUGGAUUCUUGGGUCUGCCUGUUGAGUUCGAACCAGAAGUGCCUCGCAGGGCUCCCAGCGCCAGUACAACUGUUUUUGGAGUUUCGACGGAAUCGAUGCAAUUGUCAUAUGACUUGAGAGGGAAUAGUGUGCCAACAAUUCUUAUACUAAUGCAACACUGUCUAUAUGCUCAAGGAGGCUUGCAGGCUGAAGGUAUUUUCAGAAUUAAUGCAGAGAAUAGUCAAGAGGAGUCUGUACGUGAUCAGUUAAAUCGAGGAGUGGUACCGGAAGGCAUCGAUGUACAUUGUUUAGCUGGCCUUAUCAAGGCUUGGUUUCGAGAACUCCCAGCUGGGAUUUUGGAUUCGCUACCAUCGGAGCAGGUCAUGCAGUGCCAGACAGAAGAAGAAUGUGCUGAUCUAAUAAGGGAUCUACCUCCUAUUGAAGCUGCUCUACUGGAUUGGGCAAUCAACCUAAUGGCAGAUGUUGUCCAGCAAGAACAUUUCAACAAGAUGAAUGCUCGCAAUAUUGCUAUGGUUUUUGCACCAAAUAUGACUCAGAUGGCUGACCCUUUGACUGCAUUGAUGUAUGCUGUCCAAGUAAUGAACUUUCUCAGGAUGCUUAUCAUAAGGGCGUUGCGARGAAGGGAAGACUCCAUUCUCGACUUUGCUGCUACACAUUUUGAGCCAUCUGACGAGAGUGGACACCAGAGUCCUUCACAGUCCUGCCCUGGAGAUACUAUCGCCAUAUCUCAGGGGGCAGAUCAGGCCGUGCCUGAAUUUUUUGCAGAACCACCUGUUCUAGAAGCUCAUUCCGACUGUACCGAAGGUGCACGGUUAUCCGUUGGAGAUGUUUUUUCUAUAAGCAGUUUCAAGAAACUGUUACCUAAUGGGUAUGGAGCUUUACCGAACGCCCACGAAGACAAAGAAGCUGUUGCAGGUGAUGACUUAGAGGCAGAAGAAGUUCUACCCCAAACUGAAAAGAACAAGACCGAUCAAUCAAAUGGUUCAAAACUGAAAAAGGAAACUAACAAACUAAAUAACCAGAACUCCUCGGUGUUCCAAGUCUUGGCGCCAGUGGAGAAGCGGCUGAGCAACCUGAGUUGUAUAAACUCAUGGACCGAGCGAAUCGAAGCGUGGCGAUAAAUAGGUAACUUGUUAAUGAAAACAUGAUGUACUAUAGAUACUGUUAAGAGUUUGUUGAAUAUGCCGACCCUGACCCAUUUGAGGUUACUAAUUUUCACGUUUGUUUGCUGCAUUAACUUGAUGGUUUGCAACUGCGCUUCACUAUGGAUGGCAUUGGCAUAACGUAAUAUGACACUUACUGUGCGGUUUCAUGUAUUUGUUCUCUGAGGAACAGCGGCACAAGAAUUUGCCUUUUCAGUUAUGUAAUAAGAAAAUCUUCAAUUCUAGGCAUCUGCUCAAAGCAGGUGGCAAAUUUUAUGUUUUUA